UAAGGCAAACACAAUUAAGCACUGGAUUGGCCUUCAGAACACAAGUUAUGGAGUGAUAUCUCAAUCCCUUGAUUUGGAUAGUCAGCCUGUAUUGGGGGAGUGGGUCAUAAAGGUCACAGCUCAGGGGGUUACAGAAAGGGCAACAGUAAAAGUCGACGAAUAUGUACUUCCCAAAUUCAAGUUGGAGACAAGUUUUCCACAAUCGGCUCAGGUCAGUGAUCGGGAGGUUUCGGGGUCAGUUGUGGCCACGUACACGUACGGUCGUCCCGUCCCGGGGCGGGUCAACAUCUCGGUAUCCAUUCCUUCUUUAGCUGGAAGCUUUAAGACUUGGUCUGGACAAAUGUUCACCGAUUCUAGACAUGUAACGAAGGAAGAGAAAUUCACAAUUCCACUAAGUCAUUUAAGAGAUCAACUAUCACACGGCGAUCGAGUUUCAAAUCAUGUAGAUGGGACCCAACUGAAAGUUGAGGUGAAAUUUACCGAAGAUAACACAGAGAAAACAGUGUCUACAACGUCAUACAUCAGGUUAAAAAGUCAUGGAGUUCAGUUCUCUCUAAGUCACAAAGGUUCUAACAGAUACAUUCCAGGAUUUGAUUAUCCAAUCAAGAUUAUUUUUACGGACAACGAGGGCAGGGCACCAAACAAACACCUACCUUCAGCGCACCUUGUCGUUACUUCACACAAAUUGUCAGGCACAAAUAAGGAACAGGACAAACAUAUUCCUAUUCCAUCAAGUGGGCUUAUAGACAUUGAUAUUCCCACUCCUAAUAAGACAGAUGUCCAUACUUUGGAGAUAAAGGUUACACAUGACAGAGUUGUAAAAACACUCACUCUCAAUGCGUAUGACCACAAUCAAACUCAUAUAAAGAUCAAUGUUUUGUCCGCCGACCAUAGGGUUGGAAACCCCGUGAAGCUGGAGAUCCUGACAAACAAACCAAUUGCUGAAGUUUAUUAUCAGUUUGUUUCACGCGGACUUCAAGUUUUAUCGGGAAAGCAUGAUGUUAAAGGAAAGAUCAAUUCAACAUUCAACGUCCACCUGACCGAAGAAAUGACUCCUGAAACCUCCAUCCUUGUGUACAAUGUCGACCCCGACACUGGAAAUAUUUAUGCAGAUCAGACUUCCAUUUCUGUAAACGGAAUGUUAAGAAAUUCGGUGUCUGUUAAAUUUGGACAAACCCAGGUAGAACCUGGAGACAAAGUGAAUAUUAAUCUUCAGACGGCCCCUCAUUCAAUGGUUUACCUUUCAGCUGUUGAUACGUCCUCGAUAUUGAUGGGAAAUGAUAACGUAAUAAAUGAACAAUCGUUAAUUGAUGGAAUUGGACUGUACAAACCAAGUGUUCAAGAAAAUCUUUACUUCUACAAGAUGAAUUGUGGUUCCUACUCUGCCAUUCAAGUCAACCAUGAUAAUACUUAUUCAGCAUACAGAUUUGAGGAAGCUGGAACUAUGAUAGUGACAGAUGCCCAGAACUAUGUUCCAGCAUCUUACAGAUUUCACCCUUAUUAUGAUCUGUCUGCUAUUUGGCAGUCAUGGCAUCAUUCCUGUGGAGAGUGUUGUGGUUUGAUUCCUACUACGACUACGACCACUACCCAACCAACAACAACCACCCAAGUAUUUUACUUCUUUGGUAAGUGAAUAGAGAUAUCUCUUCAUGGGUAUGUAUAGAUAUCCCUUAAUAAGUACAGAUAUCUAGCUACAACAAUCACCCACAAAUCUUACUUUACUGGUAAGUGAAUAGAGAUAUCCCCUCAUUAUUAG